AUGGACGCCAUUCAUGUGGCUGUCCGCCUUUCGCGUGAGGCCAUCAAACCAGGCCCUUUCAUCGGACCUAAUAGCCUCGAGACCAAUACAGUUUCACCGACCUCAGGUACUGAUGGCGCUACAACAGUUUCUAAAGUCACUAUUCCAAUAACCAACCAGGGACCAUGUAUUGGUCUUGUUUACACCGGGCAAUUUGUUGCAAAUACAGGAGAAUGGCUGUUAGCCGACGGAUCAUUGACAGGAGAACAGCUUUUUAGCUGGCUGGAUGGAGACGCAGCAAAGGUCUGGUUCCCUGUAGUGGACAGCUAUCUAUUCAAUCAGAAUUCCGAAGAGUCUUCGGCCCUUCUCCGUGUGGCAACUCCUUUGGCUGGGGACAGCUCUUCAUGGACAAUUAAUAAAAAUAUGGAAUGUGGCAGUAUUAGCAGUUCCGGAGGGAUAACUGACGUAAAUGGUGGGAUCUCCAACAUCAAUGGGAGUGGUUAUCUUGAUGGUGGGAGUCAACAUACUAGUAAAGUCGCUUCCUCGGCUACCAAAACGGCCGGAACUGGGGUCACGAGUUUUCAAUUGACACCAUUUUAUGACUCAUUACGAUUUCGCCUUGAGGUGCAGAUUCAUGGCGUCUGCAGGAUUAACGGCAGGAUACCAAAGACCUCACCGCAGCAGGGUAGAAAAGCCUUUAAUUAA